CUUGCGUGCGAUUACUAGAUUCCAUGUCGUGGACUGGGCCAGCGUUGCUGUAAUGCUUUCGCCAUUAUUGAUUUCGCACGCUCAACGGAGAAGAAGAGAUACCAACGUGACCGUCACAAUCGCCGCCAGUCUCCCAUCACGUCAAAUUAUACGUCAGAACACCCUUCUUCUGCUUCCUAUCAAGCGGGGAACUUGCUGUGGACCUCAUAUCUUUACUGAAGACAGAUUGCUGGGGGCCAGCUACUCAGUUAUCUAUAGCGCACGGGAUCCAGCCGGGAAGUGACAAUCAUCGCUGCUUCUUAGAUAUCGGCCCUUGGUCGGGCCCAUCCUGCCCUGGUGCUCGAAUCAAAGAAUCCGUCACCGGACGUGUGGUGACUAGUGCAACCGGAGCUUCUCUGGGGCAUAAGACCGCCUGACACACACACCAGCUCUCGCCUUUCUUCUGCCCGCCCAGCUCGCCCAUUUUUCGCUGUGAACGUCCGAAGCGUCUCCACCCCGGAAUCCGAUUCACUAUGGCGAUCGAUCUGAGUCAUACGGUCAACGCUGACCAGUCGACGUUCCUGGGCUUUGGGCUGGAGGGGAUAUUUUACGGUGUCCACCUCUUGCUCCUGGGCACCGCGCUGGUCCUCUUCGUUCGCCGCAAGUCCCUCAAGAACAGCUCCGUCGCGCCCAUCCUUGCGGCGACCCUCAUCCUCUUCUGCCUCUGCACACUGCAUUUCGCCCUCAACUUUAACAACGUGUAUGUCUCCUUGAUGGUCCAUGUCCGACCGCACAUUGCCGGCGAGACGCCUUUGCUUCUUGCGGCGGACACGUCGUUCCUCCUCGCCGAUUUCUUCGGACAGCUCGUGCUAAUUUACCGCUGCUAUCUGGUCUGGGGCCGCAACGUUUGGGCCGUCAUUCUGCCUAUCCUGCUUGCGCUGGGGUCCGUAUCAUGCGGCAUGGCGGUGACCGGGAUCGUACAACAAACCAGCCCGACGAGCAACCAGGUCCCAGUGGCGCUCAUCCCCAUGGGCGACGCGACUUUCUCGCUCUCGAUCAUCUGCAACUUCAUCACCACGGGCCUCAUCGUCGGCCGGCUGUGGAUCCUCUCGCGGGGGAUGGAUGCUGCGCUGAUUAACGGCAAGGCGCAGUCGCUCGCUCAGAAGGCCAUCGGCAUCAUCAUCGAGUCGGGUCUGCUCUUCUUCCUCACGCAGUUUGUGUUCAUCGUGCUGUUCGCACUGGCGCAUCCCGCGCAGGCGAUCAUCGAGCCCAUCGCGUGUCAGGUUUACGCGAUAUCACCUCUGCUCAUCUUGGUGCGCGUCGGCAUGGGCAUGUCGUACGAGCAGUCCACCUUCGAGACGACGGACCACGGCCGUGCCACGCACUCGCAUACAAACACACACUCGACGAGUCUCCAUUUCUCCGGCGCGAGGAUGGGGGGCAGCGCAUCCAAGAUGGAUGGGAGCACGGCGGAUUACGAAAUGGGUGCGUACGAGGAGCAGUCGAAGGAGAUUCCGUCUGUGGUGGAGGUUUGAGCUGUACUUAUAUCAUCAAAAUCUAUCGGAACAAGAUACCACUGUGUUAUAGCGAUCCAUUCUUUUCUUCUGGAUUGCCUGCGCUCUGGUUUUCAAAUAGCAACGUCGGCCAAGGCGGCUGUUCACUGCCCCUCCAAUUCAGGCUUAUUGCCUUUUUGGGGAGGAGACCCUGAUGACAUUCACCCGGAGACCAGGGUCAGCUGUUUUGUGCGUCCAGCGGCACGGGCGGCAAACACUCGUACAUCUGAGCUUCACCCUCACUCUCGCUUUGCCACUGUUUCUGUCGUCCACAAGAUGACGCAGCGUCCAAGGACAUCUGCAGACCUGGCCCCUGUGCUCUACCACCACCGAUACAUAAUAUUGACGCGCUCGUCCUAAUUUCUAUGCGCAGUACAACGAUACACGAAUCAGAAUGCUCAUGCGAAUAGACGCGGAUGUUAGGAUGUGGACUGCGGGUGCAACUGCUUCAAGUAACGCUUUCCUCUGCGUCUCCGACACUGGAUCGACGGGGAACGUUGAUUCCCCGGCCGCGACAACUGGCUGGCGACUGGCUUCAGGACACUAUAUGUCCCGACGAUCUUCCCCGGGUCUCCACUGACGGCUGGACUCCCUCUCUCACUCAGUUUUGUCUGGCUUUGGGUGUUCCCGCGUGGUUAUCACUCAUUAAUCCUGUAUGCAUGGGACUCAAAGCAAAUCGGAUUUUUCUUCUGCAUGAUAUAUUUGAGAGCUCUGCUGGGCGGGCUUGCUUAUAUCAGACAUAGAUGAACCACGUCGUUCACUCUGAUUUGUCUUGAGGUGGGUUUGGACGUGCCCCUUCGUCUCUGAAGUCCUCACAAGAAGUCCUUACAAGCCCUCGACAUCGUAUUCCGCCCUCAGACACCCAAACCGUUCAUUCUAGACCCAGUGCUUACACGAUCCGAAUGAGUGAUCCGGGAAUCCCAGCGGUAUUUGGGUGAAUGCCCCUGGAUGCUCACCGACGUCUCCGCUGAUCGGCCCGAAUGUCCGACGCUGGAUCACAUGGGGAUUCUCGUCACCUGGAUGACCAUUCACAAGGGAACUGCCGGUGCUAGGACGAUCUUGAGCUAAGCAACUCCAACAUAUCGCUGCGGAGCAAACGAAGUAUAACAUUCUCCGCUGUUGCUCCAGUAGCCAACGUGUUGAGGCUGGCCUUCGGCCUGCUCCGAAUGAUGGAGACCCGACGUUUUCAAACAAGCAAAUUAGAGCAGGGGUCCACCCGGGAAGCGCCAUUCGAUACGAGCCUAUCUCCUUUAUGCGAUUGAUUCGUGAACAAGUCGAAUAAAGUUUGAGCUUCUUUUGCUGGGGCGCGGGUAUCAUCCACGGCUGCGUUUUCAUGUUCUUGAGCUGCUCAGUGCUUCGACAAGAGAAGUUUCAUUCGUUGCCUAUGAGUCGAAACCGGAAAAUUAAGACAAGUAACUCCAUUGCUGAUGUUGGAAUACGGAGUUGAGUCAUGAAUGCCCGCAGCAUGAUUAUUCUCACACCCACGGUUCGAUCGAACACCACGUUGUCGCCAAUGGCUGCUUCGACUGCUCGCGCGUCUGACUCGACCCCUGAGUGCCAGUUAUAGACGCAAGACUUCCGAAGAGGAAAAGAAGAAAUCACACGAGCCACCGAUCUCCACUCGUCAGACGGAGAACACUCGAUCUAUCCCACACCGCGUCUGAUUCGAUUGUCAGCGGCUCCGAUGAGCAUCGACGUAAAAGCCGCAUCGAAUUAACAAACCGAAAGUCUUGUAACCCACGAAACAAUACGCGUCGUUGCAGCCCUCCCCUCGCUCUUUGUACUGCGCCCAUGCCUGACUUGUCCUCGUUCAAGACGAGGCGCUCCGCUCGCAAACUCGGACGCCUUUCGCCCUCUCGCAGUGCAGGCAUUUUCGAAGAGAGGGACCAGCCCCUCCCAAAGACACGGAUCCGCAACUCGUUCGCCAAGACGGACUACUCGCGCACGACGCGCGACGAGAUCCAUUCGCCCAUCUCCCACAUCGAGGCGAGUGUCUGCUGCUUCGUUCUAGGAUCCGCAUGGCUGAUACACGCGCGUCCCAGUCCCAAGAUCUGUACGCGCGCAGCUUCUACCAGGAACACAGACUCAGCGUGGCGAGCGAACGUGACGACGCAGACAGUCAGCACGCCGGCACCGGCGCGAUCUGCAUCCGCUU